AUGAAAAGACUCAAUCUCAUCACUCAAUCCAUUCGAAGCUUUACCUCAACCACAACCACUUCUUCAUCAACACCUCAAAUAGUUUAUCCUACUGCUCCAAUCUUCAAUAGACGUGAGAAACGUAAAUUAAGAAUAGCUUAUCCAAGACCAGAUAGAUCACCUUCGAUUCUUUAUCCUCAAACUCCCGCUAGAUUUCCAAACAAAGUCACUUUAGCAGAUGGAUCUUCAAUUACAAUGGUCACUAGUUCUCCAAAAUCAAAUCAUACAUUAGUAAGAGAUGUCACCAAUCAUCCUUUAUGGAAUCCUUCACUUGCAAGAGAAGUAGCAGAUGCAGAUCAAUCCGGUAGAGUCGGUCGGUUUACUAGACGUUAUCAAAACCCAUCAUCAGCAUCAUCAUCAUCGACUUCAGAAAAUUCGAAAGAAGAAGAACCGAUUGGGACUUCUACUGAUGAUUUAGAUUGGAUGUCAGGCAAUAGUUCUCAUACGUUUUAUGGUGAAGGUAAUGCUAAGAACAUCUUAGGUAUCAAAAAAUCAACUUCAAAUAAAAAGAAAUGA